AUGAAUGUGAGUUUACUGCCUCCAGCGAGUAGACUUUCCAACCUUCUUCUGUCCUUGUUGACGGCCAUAACGACAUUCACGACGACGUUGUGUUGUGGAGCAGCAUGCGAACGGUUUCACUGCAGUUCAGACGUGUUCCCUCCACGAAUCGUUGAUCCUUACCUUCGUCAGAGUGCUACGUUCAAUUCGCCAUGCUCAUGCCUUCCCGAUUGGAAUUCAAUGUUCUGCAAUUACACGCAAACUGUUGCCACUGCACCAGGGCUUAUUCUUCCGGUCAUGCCAACGAUAUGUGUAUGCAGAAAAUUUGACGACAAUGGAAAUAAAUGUCAGCAAUUUAUCAUUAGGUGCUUCAAUCGAAAAAAUAAG